CAGGUCCUCAAGGCCUGUCCCCCCACCCGACCCCGCCCCGCCACCUCCCAUCUGCCCUGUGGCGGCUUAUCGGGUAACCAGAGCCGGCAGCUUCAUCCACGUCUGAAACAGGAAGCCCCGGCCUGUGCAUGAGUCGCCACCGAGAGCCCGGGCCAGAGGAUGGAGGAGCAGCGGGCACUCGUGGCCGCCAAGGAUGGGGAUGUGGCGACAUUGGAGCAGCUGCUGGAGGCUGGCGCCCUGGGCCCGGGCAUCACCGAUGCUCUGGGGGCCGGCCUGGUUCACCAUGCCACCCGGGCUGGCCACCUGGACUGCGUCAAGUUCUUGGUGCAGCGGGCCCAGCUGCCCGGCAACCAGCGGGCCCACAACGGGGCCACCCCAGCGCAUGACGCCGCUGCCACGGGCAGCCUGGCCGAGCUGUGCUGGCUGGUCCGCGAGGGGGGCUGCGGUCUGCAGGACCAAGAUGCCUCGGGCGUCUCCCCGCUGCACCUGGCCGCCCGUUUUGGACAUCCAGUGCUGGUGGAGUGGCUGCUCCACGAGGGCCACUCGGCCACACUAGAGACCCGGGAGGGAGCCCUGCCACUGCACCAUGCCGCCGUCAGUGGGGACCUGACCUGCCUGAAGCUCCUGACAGCCGCGCAUGGCAGCAGCGUGAACCGGCGGACACACAGUGGCGCCUCCCCACUCUACCUGGCCUGCCAGGAGGGCCACCUGCACCUGGCCCAGUUCCUGGUGAAAGACUGUGGCGCUGACGUGCACCUUCCUGCUCUCGACGGCAUGAGCGCCCUGCACGCUGCCGCCGCCCGCGGCCACUACUCCCUCGUUGUCUGGCUGGUCACCUUCACCGACAUCGGACUCACCGCACGGGACAAUGAGGGGGCCACGGCCCUGCACUUUGCAGCCCGAGGCGGCCACACGCCCAUUCUAGACCGACUCCUGCUGAUGGGUGCCCCCGUCCUGAGAGACUCCUGGGGUGGGACCCCCCUCCACGACGCAGCAGAGAACGGGCAGAUGGAGUGCUGCCAGACCCUAGUCUCCCACCAUGUGGACCCCUCCCUGCGGGAUGAAGAUGGUUACACGGCGGCAGACCUGGCGGAGUACCACGGACACCGGGACUGUGCCCAGUACCUGCGGGAGGUGGCCCAGCCGGUGCCCCUGCUAAUGACGCCCCCACCACCACCGUUCCCCCCACCUCCACUGUUGGCCACGAGGCGCUCCCUGGAGGAUGGAAGAAGAGGAGGCCCAGGGCCGGGGAACCCCAGCCCCAUGUCCCUCAGCCCGGCCUGGCCUGGCCAUCCUUACCAGCCUCUUUCCAGGGAGCAGAUGACCAGCCCGGCCCCUCCGAGGAUCACCACCAGUGCCACGGCCGACCCCGAGGGGACAGAGACGGCGCUGGCGGGGGACACCUCAGAUGGCCUGGCCGCACUACAGCUGGAUGGGCUGCCCUCAGGCGACAUCGACGGGUUGGUGCCCACGCGGGAUGAGCGCGGCCAGCCCAUCCCCGAGUGGAAGCGGCAGGUGAUGGUGCGGAAGCUGCAGGCGCGCCUGGGCGCAGAGAGCUCCACAGAGGCCCAGGACAACGGUGGGUGCUCAGGCCCCACGGAGCAGGCGGCCUGGAGGUACUCACAGACUCACCAGGCCAUCCUGGGGCCCUUUGGGGAGCUGCUGACAGAGGAUGACCUGGUCUACCUGGAGAAGCAGAUUGCAGACCUGCAGCUUCGGCGCCGCUGUCAGGAGUAUGAGAGUGAGCUGGGCCGGUUGGCGGCUGAGCUGCAGGCCCUGCUGCCCGAGCCCCUGGUCAGCAUCACGGUCAACAGCCACUUCCUGCCCCGGGCACCCAGACUGGAGGUUGAGGAGGCCUCAACCCCAGCGGCUGAGCCCACAGGCUCUGCGGAGGCCUCGGAGGUGGCCCCCAGGGGGCAGCCCCUGCCCUUCUGGUGCAGCCACAUCUCCCGCCUGGUACGCAGCCUGUCCCUGCUGCUGAAGGGCGUGCAUGGGCUGGUACAGGGGGAUGAGAAGCCGGCCACCCGGCCCCUGCAGGACACCUGCAGGGAGGCCUCGGCCAGCCCCCCUCGGAGCGAGGCCCAGCGCCAGAUCCAGGAGUGGGGGGUGUCUGUGCGGACGCUGCGGGGCAACUUUGAGUCAGCCUCCGGCCCACUCUGUGGCUUCGACCCUGGCCCCUGCGAGCCGGGGGCCCAGCGCAGGCAGUGCCUGAGUGGCUGCUGGCCGGCCCUGCCUAAGCCCCACAGUGGCCUGGCUUCAGGGGAGCCCAGGCCUGGUGACACAAAGGAGGCCAGGGACUCCGGCAUCAGCUGCAAGGAGGUGCCAUCGGAGGCGGGCGCCGCAGCCGGCCCGGACCUGGCCAGCCUGCGCAAGGAGCGCAUCAUCAUGCUCUUCCUCAGCCACUGGAGGAGGUCGGCCUACACGCCGGCCCUCAAGACAGUGGCCUGCAGGACCCUAGGAGCCCGCCACGCGGGGUUGCGGGGCCAGGAGGCCGCCAGGAGCCCUGGGCCACCCUCCCCGCCCAGCGAGGGCCCCCGGCUGGGCCACCUGUGGCAGCAGCGCAGCACCAUCACCCACCUGCUGGGCAACUGGAAGGCCAUCAUGGCUCAUGUGCCCGCCCGGCAGCUGCGGCGGCUGAGCCGGCGGCCCCGCGGGGCCCUGUCCCCUGAGCAGUUCCUGCCCCACGUGGACGGGGCUCCCGUGCCCUACAGCAGCCUCUCGCUGGAUCUCUUCAUGCUGGGUUACUUCCAGCUGCUGGAGUGCGACCUGCCGGCCGAGGAGCGGAAGCUGCGCCACCUGCUCUGUUUCGAGGUCUUCGAGCACCUGGGCAUCCACGGCUGGGAGGCUGUGCGCGCCUUCCACAAGGCCGUGACCGACGAGGUGGCCGCCGGCCGCCGGGCCUGGACCGACGGCUUCGAGGACAUCAAAGCCCGCUUCUUUGGCUCCAGCCAGCGUCCCGCCUGGGAUACGGAGCCUGGCCGCAAGUCAGGCCUGACCCCGCUCGGGCCCCUGCCGCACGCCGCCGUCCCCUGCAGCGGCCCUGAGCCCACAGCAAAGCGGCCGGGGUCCCGCUCCCAGCAGAGCAGCUUCAACAGCGAGGACAUCUGCGGCUACAUCAACCGGAGCUUUGCCUUCUGGAAGGAGAAGGAAGCUGAGAUGUUCAACUUUGGAGAAUGACCCUACUGGCAGCCUGCUUUCCAGAAUGUGGUUUGGGGGUGACUUGGGGUUUCUGUUUUCUUUUCCUUGCUCACACCCUUGGUGGCCGGGUGAGCCGGGCAAGGCUGCCUCCAGUCCUGCUGGUUAUCGGAGGCUGCGGGACUGUUCUGUUGUGGCAUGGUUCUCCUCCCAGCCAGGACUCGGACUCCUUCUCACCACUGCACCCAGGAAGCCCCUUGGCAGGCUCUGAAGUGAGGCAAUGGGCCACCCCAGCCCAGGGCACCUCUGCCCAGCUGGCCCCCGAGACCUGGGAUGCUGCCUGUUUCCCGCUUGUCCUUCCCCAGUGCCACCAGUUACCUUGGUGUCCUGUCCCUCAGUUUCCGUGGUGCUGGUGGUCUCGGCCACAUCCACCUUUCAUGUGUGUCUGAGGUGGCCCCAGGCCCUGGUCCUGCCCCUGUUUCUCCUGCUGACCUUGGGCCACACCCCUUCACCUCCUGUCUGUGAAUUUGGGGGAGCUGGAGUGAUUCUGAGGACAGAUUCCAUGGGCAGGAGGCCUUCCUGCCAGGCCAUCCCUGCUGGUCACACACCGAUGCCUGCCAGGCCAGUGCCCCAGCCCAGGGUUCUCCAGAGGCCCUGCUCCCUCAAAGGAAGGCUCCCCAUGGGGCCCCUGUCCUCCAACCUGACCAGCCCCGGCCUAGUCGUGGGCCCCAGCAAGGCCGGAGAGCAGGGACGUGGGAGUAGCAGUGGCUGAGAGAGAGUCCCCCAGGCAGGGUGGCUGGCGCCCACUCUCAAAGGCUGCCGCACACAGAGGAGAAUGCCGGCAGGGGUGGGCAGCAGCCAGACCUCGGUGGGGUGUGGAUACUCCCUGAGGGCACCUGGGUGUCACCCACAGUACACCUCUUCACAGGGGCCUGGGUACUGGAGGGAGGGAUACAGGAAGGGAGAUGGAUUCCGUCCUCGGGGGCUCUGGGUACUGCUGCCGAGUAUCACUGGGCAUGGUGCUGGGCAUGGCUGGCAUAGGGUGUGGCUUGUCCCCAGCUUCUGAUGGCAGCCAGGAGAAUGGGUCAUCACCCAGGCUCUGGGGCUGAGGAGGGCGGGGCCCAAGCCCACAGGGACUUUGGAGGCGGGGCUCUGCAGCCGUGAGAUGGCCCAGCAGGGAGUGGCAGGGAGGGGCGGCUUCAGGAAUAUUCCUCCUGGCAUCCAGGCCCCCUGGGACAGAGGAGGGUGCAGUCAGGCGACAGGCUUGGCAGGGCUCCCCACCUCGCUCCUGGUUAUUGUCCAGGCAGAACCUGGAGGGCAGCGGGCAAGCUGUUGGAUGGAACAGAGAGACCCUCGCAGCUGACUAGGGCCCAAGGGGAGGGACACUCAAGAAGAUGUAAAAUUGGGAGGGGUGGUAUUGGCCAUUGGGGCAGGCAGGGCCGGGAAGGGAAGUAGCACUGGCCCCAGCCCUGAGCCAGUGGCUUUUCCCCAAGGGCCUACUCUGCAGCCGGCCCGCUCUGGCUUCCUCCACUGCUAAAGACCCUGCCGUAGAGCUGAAGCUGAACACGUGUUUGCUAAAUAGAUUCCCAUUCCUAGCCCA